GGGACUGGCGAUGUUCCGUAGUAUGACUAGCGUUGGUAUUCUAUGGUAUUACCCAUACUUGUUUCCACUUCCAUACUGACUCUGUGCGUGCGCAAGUUGUCUUUGGUGAGAUAGCUAAAUUUCCAUAUUCCCUCUGCUUAGAAAAAUGUCAUUUGGCCUGAAACAUUUGGAAUGGGAAUAAGAGGAAUCGAAAGACUCUUGGAUUCUCCGUCGUUGACUCGACUCUUUUGCGAAAAGGUUCCGAAACAAAACACGCUCCGAGGAAUCGAGGAUCUAUGUUUGUAGAUGGCUGCCACAACAACAAAGUACUGUAGUGAUUAGACUCAUAAUUUGCUUUUAAAUGAUAUUCGACUUUAGAUCUGUGUACUACAUGUAUGGAGUAAAGAAAUAAAAGCUUAAAUAAUGAAGAGGAGAAAUGUGGAUUGUGCUAAGCUUCGUAGACCGAUAAAACGGACCAAAGUUGGUGAAGGAUUGUACGGAAGAUUUCCAGCCAGAUGUCUGUGAUCCCCAAUUCCACUUGUAGUGAAUGGCUAUGAAAUUCUCAGUGAUGAAUGUGUAGGGUUGGAUAUCAGCACUUUUGUCUACAUCAAAUUUCUCCUGGUAUGGCUGCUGGUAUUGGCGGCAGAUUUCUUACUAGAGUUCCGCUUUGAGUACCUGUGGCCUUUCUGGCUUCUUCUACGCAGUGUGUACGACUCUUUUCGUUAUCAGGGUCUUGCAUUUUCCGUACUUUUUGUGUGUAUGGCACUAACGUCGGACAUGAUCUGCCUCCUCUUUAUCCCGGUGAAUUGGCUUUUCUUUGCCGCUUCCACCUACGUCUGGGUGCAGUUUGUAUGGCACACAGAACGGGGUGUAUGUAUGCCCACCGUGAUAUUGUGGGCACUCUUUAUCUAUAUAGAGGCACUUGUUCGCCUCAACAUCAGAGAAACAAAAACUGUACCCUUCCACUUAGAUUUGUGCAGACCUUUUGCUGCACACUGUAUUGGGUACCCAGUAGUAACUUUAGGGUUUGGCAUAAAAAGUUAUGUUGGGUACAGAUUGAGACAGAGAAAGCAGCAUGAGGUUGCAAAAGAAAAUGAAUUCUAUUUGCAAUUAUUACAAGAGGCAUUGCCCCCUGAGUUGCAAGUCACAUCUAGUCCUGACAAAUGUCUCAAAGAGAAGAGUGAAGAUCUUAAUGGGGAGGUGGAAGUUUCAGCUGCUACCAUUAACCACUCGGGAGGGAACUCCAAUCUCAGUAGCAGCUGCAGUAGUAGUAGCAGUACCAGUAGUAGUAGUAGUAGUACCAGUAGUAGUAGUAGCACUAGCAGUAGUAGUAGUCUUAGUAGUAACAUUAGUAGUAUUAGUAGCAACAGCAGUUGCAGUAGCAACAGUAGUAGCAGUAGUAACAGCAGCAGUAGUAGCAGCGGAGGUGGAGGAGUGGUCGGCGGUAGUGGCACCAGUAAUAGCGGGAACAGCAACAAAGGUAAUAAAGGGUUGCGUGUUGAUGUCAAGUUACCUGAACAGCCUCAGUCAGGAGAGGACGCGCCUCCACUUCCUGUACAUCGUGUGGAUAAACACCGCCUUCCCAAUGGCUCUAUCCAUGCAGAGCUUGUUUAUAUGCAACAAAAAGAUUGGCCAAAUUCAAGAUCAGUGAAUGACUUCAAUGAAAGUGAAGCUGAAAGGGAUAAAAGUGCCAAGUCGAAUACUGGGGGAAGUCCUCCAUGUAUUGGUUCUUCAACCACUCAAAAUUCAGGUCUUGGUGGCAAUGUGGAAACAGAAAAGAAACGCGUCAAUACAUCAGUUCAGGGUAAUGGGUCGGCAAAGAUCCCCGGAUCACAUACAAACAAUCUUCGAGAUUCUGGUCUGGGAGGUGGCGGGUCUACCUCCCGAGACAAGAAAAACAAAAAUAAAGAAAAUAAUAAAGAAAGCUCGCAUGGGUCCAAAGAGGACACUGUCAGCAUUAUACGGUUGGAGGCUGACAUAAAGAGAUUGAAAGCAGAUUUGCAAGCUUCAAGACAAACAGAGCAGGAGCUUCGCAACCAAAUAAAUACACUUAUAUCAAGUGACAAAAUAACUCGUCAGGAGAUGAACCAGCUUCAACAAGACAAUGAUAAUUUACAAAAUAAACUUCAUGGUCUUGUGACAGCUCGCCAAAGUGAUAGGUCAACCAUUAGCGGGCUAGAGAGGCGAUUACAAGAAGAGCGGCGUGCACGCACAAAUGCCGAAAAUCAAGUGGCGCAACUUGAGAGACGCCAGAAAAAAGCUGAAGAACAAGCACAAGCCAGAGCACAUGCUCUGGCAAAUGCAAAAAGCGAGUGUAACGAGUCUUGUCGCAGCCGUCGAAGUGAACUGGAAGCUGAGGUAAAGCGAGUAAGGCGAGAUCACAGAUUAGCUGAGGACAGAGUGCGUACAGUGGAACGUGAAAACUUAACUCUACGGCAGUACAAAGAUACUCAGAAUGAUACAGAAGUUUUAAUGUCUGCUCUGGCAGCAAUGCAAGACAAAAAUGCACAUUUAGAGACUUCAUUGUCAGCAGAGACCAGGGUCAAAUUAGAUUUGUUUUCUGCCCUUGGAGAAGCAAAACGUCAGCUUGAAAUUUCUCAAGGUCUUAUAUCCACAAAGGAUAAGGAAAUUGAGGAUUUGAAGGCCAAGAUUGCUGAAGUGUUGGCUGUCUGUCCACCCACAAGCUUUCCAAACACAUCAUUGGACACCACUCCUGUCCACUAUACUUCCAAACUGCUACCACAGGUUACAUCAUCGCCCAUGGAUCCCGCAGCAUCAUUGGUUAUGGUUGAUGGCCUGAUGGAAACAUCACUGGAUCUCUGUGGACUGGGCUUCUCUCCCUCCAGCCACUCCCGUCCCCACACAACUUCUCCACCUGCGCCCAUCUCUCCACCAGCCCCUAAGAACCCACAGCAUUCAACACUGGACCCCAAUGCCCGUGUCUACACCCCAAAAGGAACUGUUACUUCUGAAGCAUAAGUAAAAGUGGGAAUAAAUCUUGUAGAGUUGGGGUAAGUGCAUGAGGCAAAACUAUGGUAUUUUAUUUGCAAAGAUGGUAUUCUAAUUGUUAGAGCAAAUAGAAUAAAUUUUUUCAAGUUUAGGUUAUCAUGUUUUUGUCCUCUGCAUUCAUAUUUGCUUUGUCUAGCCUGUGUCGCCCAGUGAAACAGUAAAUUUUUUUAAGCAACCCAUACCCCAAAUAUUUUAUUUAAUACGGUGGAAUAGGACGAAAUCAACCUACGUCUUUAAAAAAUAAGGUGGUCAGUGAUCAGUCAUAAGUAUUUUCUUACAAAUCUUUCACCCCUUUUCUUGUAAUUUUCUGUUUGAACUGUUAAGUGUCAGAAAUAACAUUUCAACAAUUGAUUGUUUAAUACUGCAUAAAUAUAAGCAAUCAUAUUUAGAAUUGGCAUUGUUGCAUAAGCGCUUCAUGUUUCAAUCUAUAUAGAUUGUGAAAGUUGGCUCUUUUUACCAUACUUUUAGUUUAUUUUUAGAAAUUGGUUUCCUAGUACAGCACUGUGAUUUCAGAGUUGUUGAUACUCUAUAAAAAAAACUUUCCUUGCUAUUAUGUCUUCGUUGGUAUCUAGUGUUAAAUUUAUGUUAAGAAAAAAGGACAAAACAAAAAAACAAGAGCACAUAAAAUAAGAAUUAGAUAUAAAAGAAGAUUCAAAGGCAAGAUAAAAUGGCAAUAUGUAGUUCUGUUUUGGUGUCUAAAUUUUUGUGUUAAACAUCUAGAUUUUCAAGCAUAUUUGCUGUAGCAAUUGGCUCCAGGUUGUAACUUGUUUCAUCUCUUGAAUAUGGAAUUCUUUGAUAACUGUCAUACCCAUAGCCCUGAACAAGGUUGACUUUGCUUAUGUCACAUUUCUCAAUGUGAUUAUCUUGAAAUUGAUCACGAGAAAUUUUAUUUUUGGUAUACAUAUUUUUUUUUAUUGUUAAUAUUAGUACUAUAUAUUCAGAAGCACAUUAUGUGUAUGGAGUGAUAUGUUGCUACCUCUCUCCACUCAUAGGGUUUAUGUACCAUAGAAGAUAGUGGUGGCCUUUCUAGGCAGAGUUCUUGGGUACAGAUCUUGUCUGUAGCAGAUGCUAGUGUUUUGUUCAAAUUGGAAUUUGUUAAUUCAGCUUUAAUAUAAUAUGCAAGUGUGUAUGUCUGCAUGCAUUUUUGUUUUUGUAUAUGUGGAUAUCAUGUAUUUUUCGGUCUUGCUGGUUGUUCUAUGGUUUGUUCUGUUACAAAUAGUUUUCCUUUGUUCUGAUUCUAACUGUAUUUGCUAGUGGUAAUUUAUUUUUCUCUGAUCAUUUCUUCAGUUCACUUGAUUUUUUUCAGCUUUGAAUAUCUUUUUAUUAUGUUAUCAUAUUUCAAUUUGAUAUACACUCAUCCACAAGGUUACACUGGAGUUGUUUAACUAAUGUUAGGGCUAUCAGUGUAAUGUACCUUUGUUCCAUGUGAUUAUGUGAUACCAGAACUCUUAAUAUCUUGCUCUCGUCCUCUGUCUUUUACCUCAUCUGAGGUAAAUUUUUAUCAUUUUGUAGCUCGAGGUAUGGGUAAAGAUAAUUUUAUCUACUUUCUGUGUUCAUCAUUUUUCAUAAAAACUUUGGAUGUUAACACAAAGCUGAAUCAAAUUUAGUAGCUUCUGUGACUGGGAUUUUCCUUGGAAAAUUUACUUUGGUUUGUAUUCAUUUCAUCUUAUUUGUUUAGGAAUGAAACCUUUUUCAAAACAAUUUUUGAUAAAAUAGCAAGGCAUUUUGAAUAAUUAUAUUGUGGUAAAAAGAGCCUUCCUUUGUACCUGAAAUGUGAAACUAUUUUGGAUAUGGCCUAUAGUAAUAAUGUUAAGUGAAAAAUUGUUCGCUUUCAUUCUUAUCAAAGAAGUGGACAUCAGUUGAUACGCUUAUUGGAGCGAUUUCUUAUUAAACAACAGUUUAUUGAUAAGAGAGGAAGGAUUUUCCUAUUUGUUAAAGGGUGCAUCUAGGACAGGCAGGCUAUAUCCAAACUGGUAAACAUUUGUUACUGCUGCAGUAAGGUAGUUUUCUCCUAUUUGCAUAUAGAGAGAUGUUAUGUUGAGGCAGUAAAGUGAGAUAUUGAUAAUCAUAGUACAGUAUGUAUAUAAAGGCAAUUGGUUGACCUUCAUUUACUUAUGUUACAAAAUUCACAGCAGAGCAUCAGUUGUGAGAUUUUCAAGUACACUUUAAAAUAGUUCCCAGACUCUCUCUCUCUCUCUCUCUCUCUCUCUCUCUCUCUCUCUCUCUCUCUCUCUCUCUCUCUCUCUCUCUCUCUCUCUCUCUUAACAAUUAAGAAGUGUUACUAGUUAUAUAUAUCAGCAAAGGCCUACUAAUUUUUAUUUUCAGAUUUGAAAGGCAGAAUCAUGCAUCUGCUUGUGCAUUGUUUAUAUAAAAAAAAGGCUCAUCUUUCAAACAAACAGAUUUUGAUUUUGAACCAUGUAAAGUCUUUACUUUGGUUAAUUUUGUGUGCAAAAUCUACAAAAGACUGGAAGAUUAUUCAUUACCUGUCAUGUAGAUAGUUAUAGCUAAUAAUUAAUUCAUAAUAAUGGUUUCCCAGAUGUCUACAUUUGGCUUUCUCUGUGGGGAACAUUUACGUAUGUAGAUAAUUUAACUUUUGAGUUAGAGUUGAUGUUUUAUACAUAUAUAUGUUGCAUUUUCAGGAACUCUCUCUCUCUCUCUCUCUCUCUCUCUCUCUCUCUCUCUCUCUCUCUCUCUCUCUCUCUCUGACACACAUUGCAUGGAAUUUGUUUCAUAGGAAAGAAGCCAUGUGGCUUUUACUGUAAAUAGUCAAUCUUUAUUUAUAAUAGAGUAAGUGCCAUAGUACAAAUUGUUUUAGUUCCUCUCUAAAUGAAAUGAUUGCUAUCACAAAAGCAAGUGAAAUUUUUCAAAAAGGAGAUUAAUCCCUCAAGUACAUCUCCAUCUGACUUUUUCCCCAUUUAGAUUAAAAAUUUUCAUGGAUUUUGCAUAAUUAUAUUUAUGCAAAAAAAAAAAAUAUAUAUAUUGGCCCGAGUGUUAAUUUGAUCUCUACUUACCAUUGGACUUUUAGAAUUGAUAUUGUGCCACAAUGUUGUUUUCAUUACAUUAGGUUUUUUGUUAGUUUUCAUCUGAUGCCUGCAAAUUUCAAAUCUUAUUUUAUAAAAUAGUCUUGGUAUCUUCAUGUACUUAAUAUAAUUUUAUUUCACAUUAUGUAUGCUCAUAUAAAUUACAGGUUAAGAUGUGCUUCUUGGGAAGUGUUCUGAGGUGUUCUUGUAUCUGCAUAUUCAGCUGUUUGUAACUUUCUAAUUACUUAUAUUAUGAAGAGUAUACUUAUCUAUUAAUUUCAUUGAUAAGGUUUAUCUGACAUUUUCAUAGAAGUUGUUCAUUCACGUCAAAUAUGUCUUGUAAACCCCAUAAGAACUCCCAUUCCAUUGGAACUGUCAUCUUGUAAAAUUGAUAGUUACUGUGAACAAAUUUUAUUCUGAGUUUGAGUUACAUAACAGGCAGUGAGAUAUCAGUCAAAUAAUAUCUUAGUAAAUGUUUGUUUCUUCAAAAUAUAAUAUCCACUAGCCAAAACCCUUGGGCUUGUCUUUGUGAGGAUUAAUGAAAGCUUAUUCAUGCAUAAGUUCAGUAACUACCCAGUGGUAUAGAUUCUUUUGCUGUUUCCAACAAAGGGAAAAAGCAUACAAAUUGUUUUAAGGAAUGCAGGAUAAACUAUUUUGUAAAAAUUAGAGACGAUUUCUUUUCAGAAUGAAAGCAAAAAUCCAUAAAUUGAAUCACGAGAGAGAUGUUGACACCAAUGUUAGUUGUGCAGAAUUUUGAAAGAUGUGAGUGACUUAAGUAUUAGAAGUAAAAAAGUUUGUUUUAAUACUAACUCAUAAAUACUUAGUGCUUGAGCUAUAGUUUCAGAUUAGGGGUUUAGUGAUCUUUUUUUUUUUUUCUUUCUUUUUUUUUUUCGGAAAUCCAUUUUGCAUUCUUGCAUUGGUUAUUAUUAUUAAUAGGUGUUAGUUUUUCCAGACCUCUGAGUCUCAAGUAGACUCUUCUCUUGCAUUGGGGAAGGUUAAGGUUCAGUAAAGGCUAUAUGAUUAGCAUCAGGUGAGAGCAGUUGAGUAUUUCAGUACAGUUGUGUUGAAAGCUAUCAAUAUAUUUGCUUUGCCUUAACCUUUGGGAUUGAUGUGUUUUAUUGUUGAUAAAGUUAAAAACAAAAGUUGAAUCUGCUAUUUGAGAGUAGUGGUACAGUAUACUGCAACCUUUAUUCUGUGAUUAUUGGGGUAUAGUUGUAUAUGAGACAUUGAUUAGGGAUCAACAUUCUCAAAACCUUCCUAUGAAAUAGAUGUAAUUGAUAAGGCACUUACAACAUAAACUUAUCAGGCAAAGCCACAAGGUAAUUUUUUUAGUGGAGGUAUAUGUGAGAUACAUCAUUAUAGGUGUCAUCUGGAAAAUUUGGGUUUACAAAUUGAUUUGAAUAGGUCUCAAUAAUUUUGGUAGCCAAAAUAUGAUUUGUUGUUUAUUGUGUACAGGGUACACAGAUAUGAUUACAUGAAUACACUUGCAAGGUUAGUUGCAUUCACUUGGUAUUGUAUUUAUGUAUGCACAUACAUUUAAUAAUUACUUUUUUCAAGAUAUUUCGUAUUUUUGAAAUAUUUAUAAACCUCACAUUGAUGCUCUGUUUGAAAAUAAUUGAUUCAAGUGAGUUUUGUUUAUUCCCUUUGGUGUCAUAUUUACAUUUUAAUGUAACAGGUUUUCAGUAUACGUACUAGGUACAUAUUUAAUAUGUUAGUCUCCUGAGUUUUUAGGGACAUUGUUUACCGGUUUUGGGUAAGGGCUAAGAUGGAGAAAGACGCAAUAUCAUGAAGGCAAUUUUCUGUAGCCUAAAUAAACCAUUUCAUUCUUCUUUCCUACAUUCUAUGGGCGCAUAAUACUCGAAUGUUUCUUAGUGGUGUAAUCCUGUCAUAAAACUGCUCAGUGGGGGAUUUCAGUGGGUUAAAAUUACCCUCAGAUAUGUGUGGCUAAAGUAGGACUGUGACCAGAAUUUUCCCUCACCUCUUGUGCACAAUUUAAGAAAAUUAAGUUUAGAAUGGCAUUUGCUAGAGUGACUCUUCAUUCUGGUCAGGUGGUGUUGUAAGGUAGAUGGUCCCAAGUGGACACUUGGGAGCUGUGGACAAGUGUGUUUGCUGUAUAACUUGAUGUCUUUAUUACUAUUAAUUACCAGAUUAGUAGUUCAAAACUGAUUGGUGUAUGUGUGUAAAAUAGCUUUAUGUUUGAAGAGCAGGUUUUCCUAUGUUUCACUUUCUUUUUUUUCUUUUUUUUUUCUUUUUUUUAAGUCAAGAUGCAGUGACGGCUAAAAUGUUAUUUUUGAAUCAAAUGCGUCUUCAUGGGAAAUCACGUUUCAUAGAAAUCAAUAUUUUUGUAUCUAAUUCCAUGAAGCCCUGCUGUACUAAUAAGAUAUUUAGGGUUCAAUAUUUAUAUUUAUUUAUACUUCUAAGAUUUAUUUGGAGGAUUUUCUUCAUGGAGAUGAAAUGUUUAUUUUGUAUCGAAGGAAAGGAUUAUCUCUUGCAUAAUAUUUCCCCAAUAUCUGAUUUGUCCUUCUCUUGCUUUCCUGUAAUUUCUUGGAACCAAAGGCACAAAUGUUUUAUCUUUGUGAUAUUGACCAUGUUGUGAUAUUUUCAAGUUGUGUUACAAACUCACUCCAGAAGGGUAAAUCUGUAUUUUGUUUUGUGACAUUCAUAUUUGGUGUAGAUGAGCUUCACCCUCUGUCAGUUGGGGAAGAGAAAUAAACAAGGGACCCUCACUGAGCCUAGAAUAAAGUACUGUAGUGUAAACAAGUGAAAGAGAUGGGGAGCACACUUGUCUGUCUAGGGAGAUGGCAACCAUUGUAUACACUGGCUGUAAUGUAGAGACUUCACUUUGCAUAGACUACCUAGGCGCUCGUGAUCAUUCAGAUAACUCGGCAUUAGCCUGAUGUCAAGGAUUGUUUCUGAUUUGUUCUUUGCUACUAAUCAUUUUAAAAGAUGGUUUCACUAAAUUGUAUCCUAGUAAUGGUAGGUGUAUUGUUUUUCAAGUUAGUAGUAUGUAGUAUUGCCAUUGUCUGACUUGUUUUUUUCUUCAGGGAGGUUUAAAUUUUGUAUUGCUGGUUUUUGUUUAUAUUUGAGUACUGUUCUUACUUUUGUGAUGAUUGUUUUUGUGAUCAAGAGCUAAACAUGCCAGAUGAUUACAGUACAGUAUUGCAUAUUCACUUUAGCAAACCAGAACUUUUAUCCACAAAAGUUUUCUCCAUUUCAGUGUGAUGAUUUUGUGCUGAUACUUGAAAGAGCUGAACUGGAGACAAGUCUCAAUACAUCAGUAAAUGUGCUUCCCUCUCUUUUCUUGUGCAUUGAGUGUCACAUUGUUUUGCCUCUGUUUCUGCUUUACUAGUAUUGAAAUAGUUUAAUACCAUUUGAUCUUGAAUUGUGUCAUUACAAAAGUCAACAUAUGACUGGUACUGAUAAAUGUGCUGCCAGUUGCAGUACCUGGUAGCUGAGUGUAACAUCUAGCAAAGAUAAUCUCAAUCUUCUUUGAGAAGGGAGCAGGGUGGGGGGAGGAGGAGGAGGAGGAGGGCACUGGUGAUGGUGCAUUGGUGGUGGUGUGUUGGUGGCGGGGCUAAUGUUCCGAGAUGGUAAUGUGAUGUGUAGUUUUGUCCUUCUGUGUCGCAAGUUAUCUGACAACUUUUCCUCCUCCUCUGUUUACUUAUAGAAGAAUGUAUUAUUAUAGUACUUACAAAUCCUAGUGAAGUGUGGUACAGUACUUAAAGAUCAUUUAUGGUUAAUCGAUAGCUUCCAGGCACUGCAUCUGGCACCAUUGAUGUAAGUGAAUGUUGUGUUUCAUUUUGCCGUACGUGUUGUGAACCAAGAUAGUGGGUUCAGCCCAAGCCGCCAAGACCAGUAGAGCGGCUUAGAGCCAUCUUCAGUCCAGCUGCCCUUUGGGGAAAUUGUUUUGGUCCACUCUUUCAGGUUGCAAGUAAAACUGCUCACGUAGCUCAACUUGGCUACCCCAACUAUUGAGCCAUCAGCCUGUUUUUUCAAGGUAGUAGUGUGAUCCAGAGGACAGCUGUGGCAUGGGACAGUCAGUCAGUGCUGAUAUUCAGUUGAUUUGUGAAAAGUACAUUUUGUCUGAAAAAAAAAAAAAAAAAAAAAAAAGAUUACAGUUCAAUUUGGAUGUGUCAGAUAACCCAGAUAUUAGAAGAGGAAGCUCUCAGUGGUCUAACUUCAGUGUUUGAGAAAAAAAAAAAGAGUUUACACAUCUUUUUUAAGUGCAAAACCAUGCAAAAAGAGACUUAAGUUUUGUUCCUGAUGCAAAUUCAAAUUUAGUAAAGCUGAAACAUCUGUAAUAAGAGAAGGCCACCUUUUUGAAGGGGUGACCACUCUGAGCUGGACUCCUCAGUGCCGCAGCCACUUUGAUAGCUUCACUGGUCAAGUGAGGUGGGUGUGAGUGGUGGAGGAUUUGCGGAUCAAUGCUCGGUCACAAUGGACCUUUGGAGAGGUCCAGGAGCUCUCUAGAAAUUCAUGUUCAGUCCUAAUAAACAGAUGGACCCUGCAGGGCCAUUAUUCCGCUUAGAA